AUGUCCCCACCAUCAAUGUUCAGAGGACACUUGGUCUGGGUCAACACGCACAACCUCGCUAGGUAUCUUGUUGGCUAUUUUUCGCCGGCAGUCCCAAGCCAUAUCACGACCGAGGUCCUGGAUGGCCUUAGGCCAAACCCAGCACCAGGCCACAGUUGCCACAACUGCAAGCAUCUCCGGCCCUAUCAGGAGAUCUUAGACAGGGGAGGUUGGAGGGCAGUAUCGGCUGCUCCCGCCCCCGUCCCAGCUCCAGUUAUAGUUCCAGCUCCAGCUAUAGUUCCAGUUCCAGCUCCAGUCCUGGCUCCAGCCUCAAUCCCGGCUCCAGCUAUAGUUCCAGCUCCAACUCCAGCUUCUGCCUCACACCAUAAUUCCUUUCCUAUCUCUGUUCCGGCUACAGCCUCCACCCUUGCUCCAAAUCCGGCUCCUGCUUCCGGUCAGCAGAUAUUUGAUCAAGGGACCUUUGAUCAGGGUACUUUUGACAAUGCCAUCCUUCCCACUUUGCCUCCAACGUGGGCUCCUACUCCUGGCUCUGACCAGGAAACCUUCAAUCGGGGUGCCUUAGAUAGUGUCGCCCUUCCCAAUUUGCCUUCCACUUGGGCUCCGGCUCCUGCAUAUGAUCGGGAGAUAUUCAACCAGGACAUCUUUAAUCAAGGUACAUUUGAUCAGAACGCCUUUGACGGCCUCACCCUUCCCAAUAUGCCUUCCACUUGGGCUACUGCUCCUGUCUCUGAUCAGGAGACCUAUGAUCAGAGCAUUUUCGACCCGGCCGCAUUUGACGGCGUCGGUCUUCCCGAUUUGCCCUCCGCUCCUAGCGCUCCUGCUCCUAUCUCUGAACAGGAGACUUUUGAUCAGAACAUUUUUGACGACGUUGUUUUUCCCGAUCUGCCUUCCACUCCGGCUGCGGCUACGGCUCCUGUCUCUGAUCCGGAUACUUUUGAUCAAAGUAUCGUUGAUCAGAGGAUAUUUGGCGACGUUGUUCUUCCCGAUCUACUUUCCACUCCGGCUGCAGUUACGGCUCCUGACUCGGAUCAAGAGAUUUUAGAUCAGGGCAACGCUGACGGAGUUGCUCAUCCCACUUUGCCUUCCACUCCGGCUGCGGCUACGGCUCCUAACUCAGAUCAGGAGAUCUUAGAUCAGGGUAACGCUGACGGAGUUGCUCAUCCCACUUUGCCUUCCGCUCCGGAUACGGAUCUGCCUUCUGCGCCUGCAUCUGAUCCUGCUGCUGCUCCUACUUCUGAUACUAACCCUGCCUCGCGUCAGAACGUUUCGAUGAAGGCAGCAAUGAUCAAGACACAUUAA